CAAGUGUUCAUUACGUGGUGGUACUGCGUCUCGUUUUUUCUUUAAAUUGCGAUGUGUAUCUAGCAUUUACUCACUUUUCAUAUGAAAACGGACAUUAUAAUUCAAAACAAGAUUAUUCGAAUAAUUCAUGGAGGUCCAACUCAUUUUCCUCAUCCUCUGUGAAUUCAAUAAUUUUCUUCUAAGAAGGCUACAACUUAACGUUUAAUCUUAGAACUUUAGAAAUUUUUGGUAUCGUGCUGUCUCAGUUUUUGUUCACUUUUCUCGUUUCAGCUCCGCUACCGUUACCUAGCACAAACUAAAAGCGCUUCGAAACAUGGCGUUUUUAGCGUAUGCAUCAGUGAAUGAUUCCACUAGGGCUUUGCAACAGUUUUACAACGGUUUUGUCCGCUGAAUGUGACAACUAUAUCUGCUAGAGAUGCCUUCCAUCUAAUUAAGGGUUCCUUGAAAAUUAUGACCAGUUUUACCCAAUCAUGCUCUGGAUGUUCGGAAAGUCAACCGAAUCACAUACAAGUAGGUAAAUGCGAUUGAAUGACGAGUCGUUUAUUUGAACUUCUAAAAAUCAUAAAUUCUCCUUAUAUGGUUAAUUCAUGAACAACUCCAUUAAAUUCGCAACUGAAUAAAGAUAUAUACCCAUAGAAAAACUACACAGAUUUGAAAUCAGAAGGUUUUGUAAGUUGUUUUUUUUUAAUUUUCACUGAAAAUGGAAAGAAUUUUGAUCCGAAUGUUUAGAAACUAAUCUUGGUCAAUUUUACUGUCGUUCAAAAAUUGAGCCACAUUCUAUGAUAAAUUUAUUAAUUGGGCGAAUGCGAACAGUUGUCGGGCUGAUCGGUUUGAAUUUGCAUUUUUUUUAUCCGUCAGAGUAACUAAUUUCCUCCCACGGUUAUCUAUGGUCAAUUCUUUUAAACAAAGUGAAUGAUCUAUAAUCAUAGUCAAAAAAAACCCAGUCAAACUAACUAAAUAAUUGUUAUAGUUCCAUGUUAGUACAAUCAAAGAAGAAGAAAGUAUUCUGAACGGUUCAUUAUUUUAUAACCUUAAAUUUUGUGUUUACAAAAUCUCAGUUUGAUAAACACUGUGCGCAUUUGUUAGAAUAUCAAGAAUGUCCGUUACAAUGCACACUGAUUUAGGAAACAUUAAAAUCGAACUAUUUUGUGAAUCGUGUCCGAAAGCCUGUGAAAACUUCCUAGCACUCUGUGCAAGUGAUUAUUACAACGGUUGUUUGUUCCAUAGAAAUAUUAAAGGAUUUAUAGUACAAACUGGUGAUCCUACAGGUACAGGCAAAGGGGGAAGUUCAAUAUGGGGUAAAAAAUUUGAGGACGAAUUCAAAGAGCAAUUGAAACACGGAGCCAGAGGUACUGUAUCUAUGGCAAGUAAUGGACCAAAUACAAAUGGAAGUCAGUUUUUUAUUACAUAUGCAGCACAACCACAUUUAGAUCUUAAGUAUACUAUAUUUGGAAAGGUGAUAGAUGGAUUCGAAACUUUGGAUGAACUAGAAAAACUUCAGGUCAAUCCAAAAAAUUACAGACCUCUUAAUGAUGUAAGAAUAAAUGGUGUUACAAUACAUGCCAAUCCUUUAGCAGGUUGAAAUAAAGUAUAAUCUGAGUUUUUCUUUUCAAAA